ACAGCGUUAAGCACGCGGUUUUUUUACAUGUUGUAAUGUUGAUAAAGUCCUUAGUUAGACUGAGUAGUUUUGGUUAUUGUAAAACGCCACUUGAAGGCAUUUCCAGGAAUUUUAAGAGGCAUUUUAUUUCAAGUGGGGCGUUACUAACAAAUAUGAAGAUCGGUACCCACGAUGGUGUUUUCCAUUGCGACGAUGUCCUCGCUUGCUACAUGCUCAAGCUGCUUCCCGAAUACAAAGAUGCUGAGAUUGUUCGCACCAGGAGUCCGGAAAAACUGGGCGAAUGUGACAUAGUUGUAGACGUUGGAGCUGUAUUCGACCACACAAAGAAGCGUUAUGACCACCAUCAACGCGAAUUCAACGAAAGCCUGAGCUCCUUGCGCCCUGAAUUUGGAGAAAAGUACAAAAUCAAGCUAAGUUCAGCUGGUUUAAUCUACACAUAUUAUGGGGAGCAGUUAAUACAGCAAUUGGCUCCUCAAGAAGCUCUUCUUAACAAAGACGAUUUGAAACUCGUCUACAAGAAGGUCUAUGAGAAUUUCAUCGAAGAAAUCGAUGCUAUUGAUAAUGGUGUUCCUAUGACUGCUGAAGAGCCAAAAUACAAAAUACGUACUCAUCUGAGUUCGAGAGUAGCCCGACUUAACCCAGAAUGGAAUUCCAAACAGGAAGUUAACUUAGAUGACAUAUUCUCCAAAGCCAUGGCCCUAGUCGGUGAAGAGUUUCUGUAUUCGGUCAAUUAUCUUGUUAAUGUUUGGCUUCCGGCACGUGACUUCGUCAAGAGUGCCAUCGACAAGCGCUUUCAAAUUCACAAGUCGGGAGAAAUCAUGGAGUUUGAGGAGCGAUUUCCAUGGAAGGAACACUUUUUUGAUUUGGAAAAUGAGUUAGCAGUAGAACCGAAAAUAAAGUAUGUCAUUUUUUGUGAUAAACCUAACUCCUGGAGAGUACAAGCGAUUCCUGAGUAUGCCAGUAGUUUUAUAACAAGGAAGCCCCUUCACCCAAAAUGGUGGGGAGUCCGGGACGAAAUUCUCAGUGAUGUGUCCGGUAUCCCGGGCUGUGUGUUCUGCCAUAGCACCGGAUUCAUUGGAGGCAACGUCACCAGGGAAGGUGCUUUGAAAAUGGCUAUUGCUAGCCUUGAAGCGUAGGAUUAAUACCGAAAAACUGAUUCUAUGAGACGAAUAACUUGUCCCACUGCACUGAUAAAGACGGUAAAUGAAAAGCAAGUAAAGUUAGAAUCUAUACUUACGAGCAAAAGUAUGGAAUCACCCCCUUGUGUUUUGUACCGAGCGAUCUUAAGAACGGUACCAUUUUUAUUUGUCUUCUAUCUAUUAGUCAUUUACUUUUUGUGAUCGCUCGAAACAAAUAGGAUGAUUCCAUAUAUUUGCUUGUGAGUGUAGAUAUGAGUUGAAAUGUGUUUUGUUCAUUUAAUAUAGAGUAAAAUGACCACUGGUUGGUCUGCAAUCAGCUAUUAAAAAUCUUAAUCUAUAUGAUUCUUGGUAAACAGCUUUCUGGUCGGCAGUGGGAUGCAUGAAUCAAUUAAAAUAAUAUUCAAAGUCAAUAUCAGCCUGGUCGAUAUCAUUAUUGACUUUGCAUACAAUGACAGUUUGUAAAAUUGAAAUCAACUUUUGUAGAAUUUAUUUGUAAUGUGUGUUUUAAUUUAAAUUAAAGGGUCUUCUUUGACUGUAUUAAAAUAUUUAAUAAUCAAGCAACUACUUAAUAUUUAGCAAUGUGACAAAAUAUUUUUCUUUAAAAGACAUUUUUCCCUGUGACUACCUAACGAUGUACUUAUGAUUACAAACAGUAUGACAUAAAAUAUUUAUAUUUA